AUGCAAAGGGUUGCCAAUAGGUCUAUUAUUGCUGAAAAAGAAGCUGCAAAAUUCACAAAAAAGGCAAGGAAAGAGCUGGAAAAAUCUUGUGAAGAAGCGCAAUAUUGUGCAUUGAUUUCUAGCACCGGUGGAGAAUAUGAGAUUGUUGAGUUCGGGAUUGGAUACACCCUCAACUUGAACAAUCGUGAAUGUGCAUGCAGAAAAUGGGAUUUGACGGGUAUACCUUGUCGUCAUGCUGUGUGUGCAAUCAGAGAACUCAAUCUGGAAGUGGAAGACUAUAUAUCAAAUUAUUACUUGAGUGAGAAAUGGAAGGGAACAUAUAGAAGAGGCUUGAGGCCUGUUAAUGGAGUUAAGUUUUGGGAAGAUUCUGGUAAACCAAGAAUUGUUGCACCUCCUUAUAAACGACCUGCAGGGAGACCUAAGGGAAAAGCUAGGAUCAAGGGGCUUAAUGAAUCACCACGCAAAAAAAAGUCUGAGACGAAGGUUGAUCGAAAAGGAAGAAUAGUGCAUUGUGGUCUAUGUGGUGAACAAGGACAUAAUUCAAGAAAGUGUCCUCAUGAGUCUCCGGAGAGCAGGGCAAAGAGAAGGAAGCUUAUGGUGACUCCUCUAUUGGAAGCUCAAGAUUAA